AAAGAAGAUUUUUUGGGUUUUUUUUAAUGUUUUUGUUUUUAAUGCUGUGUUGUUUGUCAAAGAAUUGAUUUUGACAGGGUUUGCAUUUUCAUAACUAUUUUGCAAGUAUUUCGUUGAAUAAUUUGGAAAUAAGAAUUUUGUAUCAAUAGAUUCUUUCUUUUUUCUUUUACCAGAAAGAGAUUCAUACGCCAAUUUCAAACUCUAACUCUACUCAUUCCAUUUAAAUCAAAAUCUUGACCACACUUAAAAACGAUCACCAUUUUCUUAUACUGUUAAUCUUUUUUCAAUUUAAAAAAUUGCAAUCCACCUGUUGUUUAUUUGCUCAAAUAGCUGUGAACGUAUACUGUUGUGGGUUGAGUAACAGCAUAGAAAUGGGUUGCUUAUCCCAGAAAAUCAGUCAGUUCUUCUUUAUUGCACCAAAAAGAGGAAAAAAACGAAAUCUUUAUUUUUCUAGAAGUAACUAGGUUUCUGGCAAGGAUUUGGGGAUUGUAAGCAACUUCUUCACGUUCAAAUUCCUUACACAUGUCUAUGCCUGAUUGCCUGUGGCGUCUCACAAUAGUUGACAGGGAGAAGGAUGUUUUUUGCGGCUAACCUACACGUGAGGUCUGAAUUAUCUAUCGCUGGGAUCACCGCACAUCAUCUACUCCAUCUGCUGUAACUUUCUUCCAUAAGGAAAUCCGAUGGGGUCUAGAUUCCCUUCUCAUCAGCUUAGAAACGGCCUCUAUGUAUCAGGCCGUCCAGAGCAACCGAAAGAAAAAAUGCCAACUAUGAGCUCCGUGGCCAUGCCAUACACUGGUGGGGAUAUCAAGAAGUCAGGUGAACUUGGCAAGAUGUUCGACAUUCCAGUAGACGGCUCCAAAUCUAGAAAAUCCGGACCUAUAACCAGUUCUUCCAUGAGGUCUGGAUCGUUUGCAGCAUCUUCCUCACAUUCUGGACCAAUACACCCUAAUCCUGCAGCCAGGUCCAGCUAUUCUACCUCAGGCCCCGUGUCAUCGUGUGGAGUGGCAGGUUCAUCGUCAAUGAAAAAAUCAAAUUCCGGGCCUCUUAACAAACACGGAGAGCCUAUAAAAAAGUCGUCUGGCCCUCAAUCCGGGGGAGUCACACCAGUAAACCGGCAACACUCUGGUCCUCUACCCCCCAAUCUUCCUAAGACGGGUCUCAUUACAUCUGGACCCAUCACGUCUGGCCCACUAAAUUCCUCUGGCGCCCCGAGGAAGGUCUCUGGACCUCUCGACUCCACUGGAUCAGUGAAAGCACAUGGCUUGUCAGUAAGCAACAACCAGGCUGUUACAAACCUCAGCCAAGACGGCGUGUAUUUGGUCAAAAGGAAUAUCCCUCGACCUAUCUUAUGGGCAGUUAUUCUGCUCUUUGUUAUGGGGGUCAUUGCCGGGGGUUUCAUUCUUGGUGCAGUUCACAACGCUGAUCUCCUCAUUGUAGUUAUCAUUUUGUUCUGCAUCGUUGUUGCCCUAUUCGUGUGGAAUUCCUGUUGGGGGAGAAGAGCUGUCAUCAGAUACAUAGAGAGAUAUCCAGAUUCUGAACUUAGAACUGCUAAAAACGGGCAAUACGUCAAGGUCUCUGGGGUGGUCACAUGUGGGAAUGUUCCAUUGAAAUCAUCUUUCCAGAAGGUUCCAAGAUGCGUGUACACCUCCACAACUUUAUACGAGUAUAGGGGAUGGGAUUCCCAGGCAGCAAAUCCCACUCAGCGUCGUUUCACAUGGGGCCUCAGAUCAUCAGAGAAGCACGCUGUGGACUUUUACAUCUCCGACUUCCAGUCCGGGCUGAGGGCAUUGGUGAAAGCCGGGUAUGGGGCGCGAAUCACUCCCUACGUGGAUGAAACUACAGCUAUAGAAGUCGACCCUAUGAAGAAAGAGUCAUCUACGGAGCUGAUCCAGUGGUUGGGAGAGAGAAACCUUGCAGUUAGUGAUCGCAUAAUGCGUUUGAAAGAAGGGUAUAUAAAGGAGGGAAGCACGGUGAGUGUGAUGGGGGUGGUGCAGAGGAACGAGAACGUGCUGAUGAUCGUGCCUCCAGGUGAAGCCUUCACGACGGGGUGCCAGUGGAGUAACUGUAUCUUCCCUUCAAGCUUCGAUGGGCUCGUCUUGAGGUGCGAGGACUCAUCCAAGGUAGAUGUCAUACCGGUGUGAUGGAGAGCUCGUCUUCAUUUUCAUCUUCCAUCUUAUUCCUAUACAGGUUUCUUGUGUUGCAAUACAGUCACAGAGACAUUUUAUAGCAAAACAUUGCAAUAUUUCUUACUCUUUUUUUUUAUUUGUAUAGUUUUUAGGGAGUUUGUGAAUCAAGGUAAUCAAUGGUAGUGACUGUGAGUCUGUGACAGUGGAGAAAUAUAAAUAUGAUUGUGCUUUUGCCUUUA